UGUAACAGAAAAUAAUACCUAGUUUUUGUAUGCCCCUGUAUUUCAAACGAGUGCAAAGUCAGUGUUUACCUACUAGGAAAUUAAUCAAUAAAUCGUUUCUUAUUGAGCAACUGUAUUAUUACUUAAACUAUUUGCAAACAAAGACAUUUUCGGACACACGGCUCUUCAGCAGAAUCAGAAUUCGGAAUGUGGCAGUAGCACUCGGUCGGAGUGGUCGAUAUAUACCCGGUGCGUGAAUCGCAGCUCUUAUUUCCUAAUUUUUCUAUUUCGUGUUGUUGCACUGGCAAUGCACUCCUUCGGCGUAUGGGAUUAUGCCGUUCUAGGCGCAGUUUUGGCAGUAUCCUCUGCAAUAGGAGUGUACUAUCGUUUUACCGGUGGCAAACAAAGAACUGUUAAAGAGUACUUACUGGCCGAUAGAAAUAUGAGCGUUACACCUGUGGCAUUUUCGCUGAUGGCAUCCUUUAUGUCGGCCAUAACUCUUCUGGGAGUGUCAAGUGAAAACUACUCGUACGGAAUUCAGUUCAUUGUCAUCAAUUUUGCUUACGGAAUCUUUACACCAAUUGCCACAAAUAUGUACAUUCCAGUUUUUUACCAGCUGCAAGCUACCAGUGCAUACGAGUAUCUUGAGAGGAGAUUUGGGAAAACUACUCGAUUGAUGGCCUCACUUUCGUACACUCUGCAAAUGGUUUUGUAUAUGGGGAUUGUGCUAUACGCGCCUUCAAUGACCUUAGAGGCGCUCACUGGUAUUUCCACAGUAACAGCAAUUAUAGCAGUAGGUUUAGUGUGCACGUUUUAUUCAACAAUCGGAGGAAUGAAGGCGGUCCUAGUCACCGACUGCUUCCAAUCACUUCUCAUGUUCGCCGGAAUCUUCAGCGUCAUCAUCUGCGCGUUCAUCGACAAAGGGAGCUUUUCGGAAAUUUGGCGCAUCGCCUCCGAAGGAAAACGGACCGAGCUGUUCAAUUUCGAUCCAGAUCCGACCGUGCGCCACUCCUGGUUCUCGCUGAUACUUGGAGGAGGAGUCACCUUCCUAUCGCUCUACGCAGUUAACCAGACGCAAAUACAGCGAUAUUUAACGGUGAAGGAUUUGAAGACCGCCCAAAAGGCUCUUUGGCUUAACUGGCCGAUUCUAACACUGCUAAGUUUGACAACCUCGUUUUCGGGCUUGGCAAUUUAUUCCAAGUACUACAACUGCGACCCAGUUGCCAAUCACACUCUUCGUCAUACUGAUCAGAUAAUGCCGUAUUACGUCAUCGAUUCCAUGGGGCAUAUACCGGGUGUCAGUGGAAUAUUCAUCUCCGGCAUAUUCAGUGCGACCUUAUCCACUGUAUCUUCGGCGAUGAACUGUCUGGCGGCAGUCACAGUUGAAGACUAUAUAAAGCCCAUGUAUUUGUGUAUACGCAAACGGCCCCUAACCGAAAACCUCCCCUUGUACACGAAACUUACGGCGCUAACCUACGGGUUAAUUAGCAUCGCGUUGGCCUUUCUAGCGCAGUACAUGGGGGAGGUUUUGCAGACAUCCCUCACGAUUUUUGGGGCGAUCGGUGGCCCACUUCUCGGUCUCUUUACUCUGGGCAUGUUUGCGCGAACUCCCAACGAGAAGGGCUCGCUGGUGGGUUUCACUUUCGGUUUGGCGCUAUCCUUGUGGAUUGCUUUCGGCGGUCCCAAACCACCAUCCCCGAAACUACCAAUCCGAGUCGAUGGCUGUGGCAAUCCGUACUUGAAUGCGACGGUUACCACUGCGACCGUACCGUCCAGCGACAAUUACUUAUGGUUAUAUCGCGUUUCUUAUCUUUACAACGGUGUCCUUGGGUUAUCGGGCACAUUUUUUGUCGGAUAUGUCGUCAGUUUCGUGCUGAGAAAGGUGACCAAUGCGCAUAGCGACGGCAAAGAUCCCAAUCUGUUUAUUCCGAUUCUUGCGAAAAAAAUGCGAAAGGAAAAGAUGCGAAGGGAAAAAGAGAUGGCAAUACUGCAGGAUAUUAAUUGAUGCGAAAUUGGACAUAAGACUGUCGAGCAUUGUAGCGAUGAGUAGAGUUCGGAUAGGUGUAGAUUAGAGGUCGUCCCGAUAGAAGUCUGAUGUAAAGAAGAAUUACGGUUUACGUGUGGUACACAUCCUGUGAUUUACUUGUCUUCCAAUUUUAUUGACAAUAAGUACCAGCAAUGAUAUUAAAAAUAUGCAGUUAAGAGUAA